AUGCAGGUUGGGCAGCCCGAGGCAGGACGUCACCUCGAGGAGGAAGGACGCCCGCUGGGCAGCGGCCGCUGGACGUGGUUCUGCGGGGACACGGAGCCUCCGCUGCUGCCCACGGCUUGGAGGAGGACAGGGCGAGGGCUGGGCCAGGCUCUCCUGGUGGCGUGCCGGCUCUCAGGAGCCUCCCGGCCGGAGCUGCUGAGCCGGAGCUCAGAGUUCCAGCUGCUGGCUCUCUCUCUCGCUCCGUUUCCCUUUGCGGCAGGAGGGAGCAGCAGCACGAGGAGGAAGAGGAGGGGGCUGCCCUGGCCCUUUGCUCAUCGGAGGACCCCAGCCGCUGCCCAGGCGCCAGAGCAGGCAGGCUCUGGCUGCAGCAGGGCGCUCUUUGGCCAGCCCCUGGCAGCCCUCUGCGGGGAGGACGGCUCCCUGCCGCGGCCCAUCCAGGAGCUGCUGGCUGGCCUGAAGCAGGAAGGGCCGUCGAUGGAGGGGAUAUUCCGCAGAGCCGCCAGCGGGACCGAAUUUCGGGAGCUGCGCGAGGCCCUGGACCGCGGCGCACACGUCGACCUGGGCAGCCAGCCUGCGCUCCUGCUGGCCGCCAUCUUGAAGGACUUCCUCCGAAGCAUCCCCGCCAAGCUCCUCGUGAACAACCUCUACGAGGACUGGAUGCAAGCCAUGGAGAGGACAAGCAAGCAGGCAAAGGUGGAAGAACUGAAAGCGGUGGCCGAGAAGUUGCCUGCGGCCAACCUCCUCCUCCUCAAGCGGCUGCUGUCCCUCCUCCAGCACAUCGGCCACAACGCAGCCACCAGCAGAAUGACCGCCAGCAGCCUGGCCAUCUGCCUUGGGCCAAACCUGCUGAGCCCACCCGACGAGGACCUGCUCCCGCUGGAGGCCAUGCUGGAGGUGACCGAGAAGGUGAACAGGCUGGUGCUGUUGAUGAUUGAAAAUUGCGGCGACAUCUUUGGGGAGGAGGUGGCUGGCCGCUCCUGUCCAGCAGCUGGGGAGUCGCCAGCACCCACGGACGGAGCCACAGCUCUGCGUUUGGAAGAGCAGCAAGUCCCUGCAGUCACAGCAGACGCCAAGCAUCAGGCAGAAGCCUUGCCGCACACCCCCCCCUCUCUGCUCGGUGUCCUCAAAGAAGCUGGGGGAGAUACGGUGGGGGAGUCUGAAACGGGAGAGGCCCCUUCAGCUUUGCCUCCAACCACCCCCGAGAGCGCGGCAGGCUCCCUGGGGUGCCCAGAAGAAGUGGCGAGCCUUUCAGAGGACGGCAGGUUUGCAGGCUCUCCUCGGGACAACGAAACCCAGGGAAACCGAAAGAGAAUAGAGGCCUGGGGAGAGGAGAGGGAAAGCUGUGCAGAAAAGAAGAGGAGGAAGAGAGAAAACGUAUUGGGGCAUCGCAAACGGAAAAGAUGCAGGAAGGUCUGGCAGGUCAAGAAGCCCAGGGGCCGUUUUCCUGGUACUGGCUGAACCCCCGUGACCCCUGGGCCCACCCCCCACCGCAGUUGAUGUUCGCAAUAAAACGAUCUUUUC